AUGCCUAAGCAACCAGCUACUAAAACUCCCAGCAAUGUUGCUAAGAAAUCAAGUGUGGCAGUUACAUUGGACGUGAAAUUGGAUAUCGUAAAAAGACAUGAACACGGAGAAGGAACGUCGGUGAAUGGUCGCAUGCACGGCUUGGCUCCCUCUAUGGUGCAUUCUAUAGUUAAAAGCGCCAACAAGAUCAAGAAGAUGGCCGGGUCUGCAAUACCACUGACGGCUACGAAGGUGACGAGGUUCCAUGAUGCCGAGAUGGAGAGUAUGGAGCCGAUGUUGAGCACGUGGAUUGACGACCAGACCCAGCGCCUUAAAACACCUUUAUCGCAACACAUGAUUCAACAGAAGGCAGUGUAG